GAGACCAUGUCUGCAGAAUUCUCAUCCAAAAGAGAGGAGGGAAGCCUUGCCUCAGGACCUAGUUUUAGGUCCAAUCAGAGGAAGAUAUUAAACCUGCUCCUUGAGAGAGAUGCCUCCUUUUCCAUCAGUUCAGAUCUCCCUACAACUCCAGUGGAGAAGAAACUUUUUGGUGACUCUGCAAACCUAAGCAUUUUGUCUGGAGGAACCCCAAAACGUCGCCUUGAUCUUUCGAAUCUUAGCAGCGGGGAGAUGUCUGCCACUCAGCUUACUGCUUUUGCAGACCUUGAUGAAACUGGUCAUUUGGAGUCUACAGGACCUGAGCAAGUACAGUUAGCUGGAAUGAAUUACCGCCAACAUCUUAUAAAAUGUAGCCCAGCACAGCUGUUUUGUAGCACUCCGAAUGCCUUGGACCAUGGCCGCAGGAAGAAAGAUACAAUAUGUGGCUCAUCUGCAAAUAAGGAAAAUGACAAUGGAAACUUGGUGGAAAGUGAAAUGAAACAUCUGGGCAGUCCCAUUACUACAGUUUCAAAAUUACAUAAAAAUCCAGAGCUAGCAGAAUAUCAGGUAGAAGAGGUACCAGAUGAAUUGAUGGAGUUUUCACUGGAAGAUCAAGAAAAGACCAAGCCACCUCUGAACUGGAGCUCCCUGUAUCGCUCCUCGUCAUUGCCAGACAGCUUGAACAGUCCAAGUCUGAAGCAGGUGGUAAAAUUCAAGGACAGCACAAUACCAGAUAAAGUAAAAAAGAAGUAUUGUUCAAACCACAAAGAGCUCGGAAAGGGCUUAGGUCUAAAGAAAAUAGUCUCCCUCUGUGACAUCAAUAUGACUCAGAUGCUGGAGGAAGAUUCAAACCAGGGGCCUCUGAUUGGUGAUUUCUCCAAGGUAUGUGCACUGCCAACCGUGUCAGGGAAACACCAAGAUCUGAAGUACGUCAACCCAGAAACAGUGGCUGCCUUACUAUCAGGGGAGUUCCAGGGUCUGAUUGAGAAGUUUUAUAUCAUCGAUUGCCGCUAUCCAUAUGAGUACCUGGGAGGACACAUUCAGGGAGCAUUAAAUUUGUACAGUCAAGAAGAACUGUAUAACUUCUUUCUGAAGAAACCCAUUGUCCCUUUGGAUAACCAGAAAAGAAUAGUCAUCGUUUUCCAUUGUGAAUUCUCCUCUGAGAGGGGUCCCCGAAUGUGCCAUUCUCUGAGAGAAGAGGACAGGGCUCUGAACCAGUAUCCUGCACUAUACUACCCAGAACUGUACAUCCUCAAAGGGGGCUACAGAGACUUCUUUCCAGAAUAUAUGGAGCUGUGUGAACCACAGAGCUACUGCCCAAUGCAUCACCAGGACCAUAAGGCUGAGCUGCUGAGGUGUCGAAACCAGAGCAAAGCAUGGGAAGGAGAGCGGCAGCUGCAGGCACAGAUUGCCUUACUGGUGAAGGAUGUGAGCCCAUGA